AUGGCCAGUCUGAGUGGACUAUCAAGAUCCUGGAGGAUGUUGAGGGCCUGUAUUAUUGAUUUCGGGGGAAAAAAAGUACUUUUGAAAGUUUUGCAUUUGAAGGGUGUGAUUAGAUUUGGAAAGAAGGGAAAGUUGAGCCCGAGAUAUAUUGGCAUGUUUCUGGUGUUAGAGAGAGUUGGAGCGGUUGCUUAUAGGCUUGCAUUGCCUCUUAGCCUAGCAAGGGUUCAUCCGUUAUUUCAUAUUUCUAUGAUUCGGAAGUAUUAUAAAGACAAGUCCCAUGUAUUGCACUACAACAUAGUGCACCUUGAUGGGAAUCUGACUUAUGAAGAAGAGUCGAUAGCUAUUGUAGAUCGGCAGUUUUGGAAGUUAGGAUCUAAGGUUGUUUAUUCCAUGAAAGUGCUUUGGAAAGGCCAGCUGACUGAGGAGGCUAUUUGGGAGUCCGAGUCUAAUAUGAGGAAUAGAUAUCUGCAUCUUUUUACCAGUUCAGGUACAUUUCAAUGUCCAUUCAAGGACAAACGUUUCUUUUAG